GCGCUCCUCCUCCUUUUGCUGCUCCUCCUCCUGCUGCUUCUUCGUUGCCAAGCGCCUGAGCUUGCGGGCUGAAGGCGAUUGCACCAGGAAAAGGCCUUCACUGCACCGCUUGGAAACCCUAUGGUGACCCCCUGCCUUUCCUUUCAAGCAAAAAGGUGGCCACCACCAGACAAGUACCAUCUAACAACGCUGGCUAAUACACCAUGGAAACUACUAGUGUGCGCACACCACGCAGUUUGCCUCCACCUCCCUCUGCCUUUGAAUCAAGCUUUGUGGAGGCUUCUGUGAGAGAACGCAUGAGAGAGAAACUGAAAGCAGCACGGUCUAAAACAGAAAGUGCUUUACAGCAGGAAGCUUCAGCCCCUCGUCCGCGAUCCCUGAAAAAACUUGGAGUAAGGAAGGCACAGAUCAGAUUGGAUAAUGAGAUUGGUGAAGGUGAAUCAAGUGUAAUGCAAGAGAAUGAAAGCAAGGUAUCUGCAAGAGUGAAGUUUCAUGAUUCCGUCAGAAAAGUCAAACGAUUACAGGUUCAGACUGGCUACCCUUCUUCUGAAGAAGCCUAUAAUUUUUUUACUUGUGAUUUUGGUGCUGACCCAGAGGAUGGAGGAGACAAAACAGAUAACAAGAAAAAGGCUGCAUUGAAUAUGGAGGAAAUUCAAGGAUCUGCCCUCAGCAGUCAAGAAGAACAAGGAGAGAGUGAAAUGGAUGAAGAGGAACGUCUUGUUGGUGAUAAAGAUGACGAUGACCUAUCUCUUUUAGAACAGACUGCUCUUGAUUUCCUAGUAUUUAGACCUGCAGAAUAUGAAAGCUAUUCUGCACGGGUGCAGAAAGAGAGAGAAAUAUUCUUCAUUCCUAGUAUGCUAAAAGUGCCUACCUCUUUAAAGGUACCUGAAAAUAUGCAACCAAGGUAUGUUGAAGAUGAAGGUCUAUAUGCAGGAAGACGUCCUGUUGUAUCAUUCUCGAACCAAAACAUUAUUGAAAAUAGGAUACUGAAGCAGGAACAGGGGAAAAAGUGGUUUGGAGAUGAUGGACAUAUUUUAGCUUUGCCCAAUCCCAUUAAGCAGUCCCUUACUAGACCACCAAUAUUUCCAUCUGAAGAAGGAAAAGAAUCAGAGCUAGUGAUAUUUUAUAAAAAGGCCAUAAAAAUGAAGCUUGCUAGUCAGUAUAUUGUUGGAUCAGAUGAUCCCCAAGGACAGUUUCAGUUGGAUGUUGAUAUUUCUGGAUUAAUAUUUACUCACCAUCCUUGCUUUAGCCGUGAGCACGUCUUAGCAGCUAAGCUGGCUCAGUUGUUUGAUCAGUAUCUAUCAAGAGGACAAAAAAAUCUCACUAAACUUCUUACAGAUAAGUUGCGUGCUCUCAGAAAUGCCUUACAGAGCAUUUUGGAUGCUAGUGAAAGUGGAGUUCUUAACCCAAUAACAGAACAAAGCAUAACUGAAUAUAAGAAUGAAAUAAGGCAGACAAGAAGACUUCGUGAUGCUGAGCAGGAAAAAGACCGAGUCUUGCUUAAGGCGAUCAUCAAAGUUUGGAAAGAAAUCAAAUCCCUACGUGACUUUCAGAAAUUCACAAAUACACCCUUGAAGCUCUACUUGAGGAAGGAAGAAGUUGACAAAAGGGUGGAUGAGAAGGCAUAUGAGUCAGAAAUUCAGGCUGAAAUAGCUGAAUUGUUUGAAGAAAGCAAUGAAGAGUAUGAAAAGAAAAUGGAAAAAUAUAAAGUUGAUCUUCAGGAAUGGAAAUCUUGGAGGAAGGCACAGAAAGUCAGAAAGAAAAAAAAGAAAUCACAUAAAAACUUAGAAGAUGAAGAAAUACUUGAAGAAUCUGAAUGCAUUGAUGAACAUGUGAAGCCUGUUCCUCCACCAGUGGUUGACAGAUUGCAAAUGGAACUGCAAGUUCGAGAGAGAGCUGCAAAUAUUAGAAGGAAACCAGGAGAGCCUGUUUUAAUUCCUGAGUUGACCUUAACAGGAAAUAUCACUCCUAAUGAACUUUGUCCUAGGGCAGAAGUUUUAAGACGUGAAGAUGUAAAGAAACGAUCUCUGUUCAUAAAAGUUCUUUUCAACUCCAAAGAGGUAUCGAGAACUGUUUCACGGCAAAUAAGCUCAGAUUUCAGAAUUCAUUUUGGGCAAAUUUUCAAUUUGCAAAUAUUCAAUUGGCCAGAGAGUUUGAAACUACAGCUAUAUGAAACAGUUGGACUUGGCACUACUAACUUAUUAAUGGAAGUAUUUAUUCCAAUCCCUGAAACAACUGUGCUAACUGGGAGAGCUCCAAUAGAAGAAAUAGAAUUCAGCAGUGACCAACGUGUGAUGUUGGACCAUGAAGGAGUGGGGAGUGGUGUACCAUUUUCCUUUGAAACUGAUGGUAGUAAUAAAAUAAUUUUAAUGACAUCUGGUAAAGUGUCCUGCUGUCUUUCCUGGGCAGUUGGAGAAAAUGGAAUACCACUGAUUCCCCCUGUAUCGCAGAAGAAUUCUAGAGUCUCAAGUGCUUUAAAAAAUAUUGAUGCCAUUGCAUCAAUUGGCACUUCAGGAUUAAUGGACAUGAAAAAACUGGCUAAGUGGGCAGCAGAGACGAAGCUUGAUCCAAACGAUCCAAGCAAUGCAGCCUUGAUGCAGCUGAUAAUGGCUGCUGGAAGUGGAGAUGCUUCUGUUCCUGAUUUCUUCAGACUAGAGCAAUUGCAGCAAGAAUUCAAUUUUGUUUCUGAUGAGGAGUUUAACAGAUCCAAAAGAUUCCGACUUCUUGAGCUCAGAAAUAAUGAGGUGGCUGAAUUUCGGAAUUAUAAGUGUGUUCCAUCACUGGAAAGAGAAAUUAGUGAUAAAGUCUUCCAGGACUAUGAGAAGAGAUUGCAUGAGAGGAAUGUAGUUAAUACCAAAGAUCACCUGGAUGCACACAGAGCAUUAGUUGCAAAGUACCUCCAAAAGAUUCGAGAGUCAGUUAUUAACCGAUUCCUGGUUGCAAAACAUCAUUUUCUCCAUUCUGAUCUGAUCAAUGAAGAUGAAAUCCCCACCCUUGGUUCUGAAGGUCCAGGCAUUUUGGGGCUCAGCCUUUUCAAAUUGGCAGAGGUAAAACGACCUUUAAAACCAAGACGAAAGGAGAGGAAAAAAGUAACCGUGCAGAAUCUUUCAGAUGGUGACAUAAAACUCUUGGUGAACAUCACUAGAGCUAAUGAGAUUCCUACCAGAAAGCCAGCUGGGAGCAAACUUCAGCAGCCAUCUAAAUCAUCAUGGUCUUUCAAUGAAAUGUUUGCUGCUUCUGCCCCACCUCAGAGCCCAACACACAGUGUAGACUGGGCAUUUUAUCAAGUUUUGGUGCAACCUUUUGUAGAAGUCUCUUUUCAGAGAACAGUGUGUAGGACAACCACUGCUGAAGGGCCUAAUCCAAACUGGAAUGAGAAGCUUGAACUUCCAUUUAGAACCCCAGACGGUAACUACAGUACUUCCAGCUUACAGUCAGUAAAGGAUGACAUCUUCAUUAACAUCUUUGACGAAGUCUUGUAUGAUGUCUUAGAGGACAACCGUGAAAGGGAAAGUGGUGCUGUCCAUACUCGCAUUGAGAAGCAUUGGCUUGGAUCCAUUCGUAUUCCAUUUACAACAGUGUAUUUCCAAGGAAGAAUUGAAGGUACAUUCAAGAUAAAUAUUCCCCCGGUUCUUCUUGGAUAUAGUAAAGGGAAAAAUAUGGGAAUUGAAAGAGGCUUUGAAUCAUUUCGAAAUCUAAGUGAAGGCUCUUUUCUAUCACUGUUUCUUACCAUUGAACCCCAGCUUAUUCCUGGAGAAUCUAUUCGAGAAAAGAUGAAUGAAAUGCUUAAGAAGUUUGACAGUCAAGAAGAUGAGAAGCUUCUCCAAGCAGCUGAGAGAUACCAAGCUGAAUGUGUGCUGAAGUUUCCAAGCCGCCAGUGUGUGACAACAGUAAUUGACAUCAAUGGGAAGACAGUGUUUAUUACAAGAUACAUCAGACCUCUGAACCCACCAGAGGAGCUUCUACAGCUGCAGGAAGACAAUCUGCAAGAAACUUCUGCACUUGUGGCACACUACGUUGCCUUGAUUCCUUUCUUACCAGAUGCUGUAUCAUUUGCUGGAAUCUGCGAUUUAUGGAGUACCUCAGAUCAAUUCCUUGAUCUUUUGGCUGGAGAUGAAGAAGAACAUGCUGUGCUGUUGUGUAAUUAUUUCCUUGCCCUUGGCAAAAAAGCCUGGCUUCUAAUUGGAAAUGCUAUUCCAGAGGGACCAACAGCAUAUGUAUUAACUUGGGAGCAAAAUCAGUAUGUAAUUUGGAAUCCCAGUUGUGGUCGUUUUUAUGGACAGUAUGAUGCUUUUUGCCCGUUACAAAGUGUUGGCUGCUUAAUUUCCUGUGACAAUGUUUGGUUCAAUAUUCAACAGUACAAUUCCCCGCCGAGAAUAAGCUUUGAUGUCACCAAAUCCAAACAUUGGAAACCCUUUUUUUCAAGAAGUCUGCCAUUCCCUGGUCUUGCUAGUGUGCAGCCCGAAGAGCUAUUCUACCAACCUGCAGACAAUGCAGCUGCACUAGAUCUACAGAGCAGAAUUGAGAAGAUACUGAAAGAAAAGAUCAUGGAAUGGCGGCCAAGAUACUUGACACGUUGGAACAGAUACUGCACCUCCAUUCUUCGGCACUUUUUGCCCCUGCUGGAAAAAAAUCAGGGCAAAGAUAUGGAAGAUGACCAUCAGGCCGAACUUCAGAAACAGCUGGGAGAUUACAGAGUAUCUGGGUUUCCUAUCCACAUGCCCUUUUCAGAAGUUACACCUUUAAUAGAAGCUGUAUACAGCACUGGAGUUCAUAGCAUUGAUAUUCCCAAUGUCGAGUUUGCAUUAGCAGUCUAUGUUCACGCUUACCCUAAAAAUGUUCUUUCAGUGUGGAUUUAUGUUGCUGCAUUGGUUCGUAACAGGUAGAAGCAUUCCUACUUGGAUCUUUAUCUCAAAUGCUUUCAUGCAUUUUAUCUGGUCUUUUUAGUAUUUGAUUAUGAAUCAAUUUGUAUUUUAAAUUGAGAAAGCUUUGUAUUUUUAUACACUAAAAAUAGAGUAUAAAAUAGAGUCCAGUGCAGGCCUCUUCAACCUGUGAUACUCCAGCUGUUUGGGCCUCCAACUCCCAGAAGCCCUAGCCAGCUUGUUCAAUGGUUGGGAAUUCUGGGAGUUGGAAGCCUAAACAGCUGGAGAACCAUAGGGUGAACAGACCUGGUUUAGUUGCUUAAGUCGGGCAUGCUUUAGUCAAUGCUUGGAAGCAGGGCUGGCCUUGCCAUUCAGCAAAAUGAGUCAGCCCUCUUAGGCAGUAGAUGCUUGGCAAAGUGUUGGAGGUCAGAAACCUAGGUUCAGCACAUCUUAUGCAAUCACUCAGGUUGGCACUGACUAGAAGUAUAUAGCAAAGAGAGGAGGGGAUCAGGAACCAUGCAGACCUCCUGACGGUACGACUGCAGCCCCCAGCUUUCCUGACCAAUGAACUUGCAAUUCAACAUCCAUAAAUAUCUUACAGAUGUGAAGACGUAAUGUUUCACUCCGAUACAGAAAUACACAUCCUGUUAUGCAGUUCUAAGCUGGGGUAUUAUAGCAGCCAAUGAAAAAUGGACCCGACUGGAGAAAACAAUUCUGGAAUUUGCUUCUACAAGGCUACAAUCCCCCCACAAAAAUGGAAAAAUGUGUUAUAGGUGGCAGCACAUUGUUGGCUAGGAUUAUUGUGUACAGAUCAAAACUAUCAAAAUGUAUGAAACUACUUUAGUACAAGGCUUAGAAAAUUGAGUUUUAUAGUUUUAAGAAUGCAUUUCCUCAGUAUGUUUUUUUCCCCCAGUUCCUGUAAAACUUGUUUAGAUGGAUUUGGUACCUUUUGGAAACAAGCUCCACAUUUGUUUUCAUAUGCUUUUAAAAUACCAUUUCACAUUUCAAAAAUGGGUUUUUAAAAUAAGCAUAGGAUUGGAACAUGUUAAUUUUAACACCUUAAUGACUAUUCCAUGAAGACCAGAUGGUUACCAUCAUAGGUAGCAGCUUACCUUUUCCCUCCCCUCGAUCACUUUAACAUUGAAAAGUCCCCUAGUCAAAGGUAAAGAUUUUCCCCUGACAUUAAGUCUAAUUGUGUCCAACUCUGGGGGUUGGUUCUCAUCUCCAUUUCUAAGCCGAAGAGCCAGCGUUGUCCUUAGACGGAUGCCUCUAAGGUCAUGUGACUGGCAUGACUGCAUGGAGUGCUGUUACCUUCCCAAUAGAGAAGUACCUAUUGAUCUACUCACAUUUGCAUGUUUUUGAACUGCUAGGUUGGCAGAAGCUGGGGCUAACAGCUCCUCAGAUUUGAGCCGCCGACCUUUCGGUCAGCAACUUCAGCAGCUCAACAGUUUAACCCACUGUGCCACCUACAAUGGAGUAAAAAAAAAAACCCAACCAACCAACAACAAAACUGGUGAAGUAUCUCUUAUUGGCCACUAGAUAUAUUUACACACAAUCCCAAACCUUUUUCAGGACAAAAGUCAAGAACUGUGGUGGGCAGUUUUAUUUAGAGAAACCUUGAUUGAUAUUUGAAGGCUAUUUAAAGAAAUUUUUUAUACUUUUUUGUAAUUAGUAGAAUCAAAAACAUUGAGUAAAACAUUCUUUGUUCAAA